AUGAAUGAAAAGCAAGUGAAUGAAAAGGUUUUUCCAUGUUCAGAGUGUAAAGAAAAUUUUCCUACUUCGGUAUUGCUGAAGAGACAUCAAGUAUCAUGUUCUAAGAAGAAAGCAGAAGUUUCGCCAAAAAAAAGAGCAAGUCCUUCAGAUGAUGUUGAAGAAAUAGUAGUGAAAAAGAAGAAAAUUGAAGAACCAGUUUAUGAUGUUGAAGAAGGUUCUGAUGUGGAUGAAAGCUCUGAUGUUGUUGUUCCAAAUGAGAAAGGAAAUAAGAAGGGUAUUCUUCAGGCAUUUAUGUCAAGCAAAGUGCAGUCUCUCUUAUCUUCUGCUAAUGCCAAAUCAAUACAAAAAGAUAAUUCUUCUGCAGAAAAGCAAGAUCUUACUGAUAAAUCUGCAGAGAAGGAUAAAGUUUCUAUUUGUGCAUCAAGUUUGCGAAAAAAUAUUGCAUUAUCACUGCAGAAAAACAAGUCUUCCGAAAGCAAAUCCCGUAACCGAAAGUCUGAUCAUUGUGAAGCAUCCCAACCUGCAGUUCCUGUAACCUCUUCACUUUCUGAGAAAGAUGAUGAUCCGGAUAGUUCCAAUUCUGUUCAGAAAAAGAAGAGAGGUAGGCCAUCAAGACGUCAACCUGAGGAGCAAAAUCAAUCUUCGGACAUUUCUGCCAACAAACAGAGUAAAACUGAAGAUCCUAAAAGUAAUGCUCUGGCAACUACUGAAAAAUCAUCCAAGCAAAUUGAAAAGCAAAGAAAAAAUGAACAACCUGUCAAGCCAUCUAAAAAAGUGAAUGAAGAAAAAACGACUGAAAAUAAUGCUGACACUGUUGUAAAAGUUCAUGAAGAGAAGCAAGCAUCUAAAUCAGCUGCUAAAGUUGUAUCUAAAGGAAGAAGAGGUCGUAGACCAUUGCGUAAAAAAGACGACAAACCAAAUAGUGUGAAGUCCACAAGUGCUAAAUCUUCAAAUGAUAUCUCUCAAGCAUCAAGUCAGGAUGUGGAGAUUGAUGUUCCAACAUCUGAUGCCAAUGAAAUAGCAGUUGUCGAUAAACAAGUUAACAGUAAGCAAGCUUCUAAAAGUGUUGAUCCUUCUUCAGGUCAUAAUGGACCUAAUAUACAUUUUGAUGAAUCUAGAAAUGAUAUUGAUGACCCUCCUGUUGUGACUAAUGGCUCAUCUGAUGCUGCCAACGGUUCUGUUGAAAUUCUUACUCAAUCUGAAACUACUACUUCCAAUAACGAAGAUGCUAGAGCCUUUAUGGUGGACCUUCUUACUGAUUAUUCAUCUCUAGAUACAACUGCACCAGCCAUUAAGGCUGAAAAACCUGAUCCUUCUGAAGAUCCUGGAGCUUUAGAUCGCUUACCAAAUCAAACAAUUUUUACUUGUGCUGUGUGUCAUAAAAAUUUUACUAGAAAGUUUCACCUUGAUCGACAUUUACGCAUAUCAAGGUGUUCUGGUUUACCCAUGCCAUCAUUUCCUUGUGAAUUGUGCAAUCGAGUUUACACCAGAAAGGAUAAUCUUCGGGAGCAUCUUCGUUCCCACACUGGUGAAGUUCAACGUAGAAAAAACCAUAAAUGCCAAUUUUGUGACAAAGCAUUUCAUGGACAAUCAUUACUGGCUAUUCACAUCCGCAAGCAUACUGGAGAAAAGCCAUUUGAAUGUGAUUUUUGCCCAAAAAAAUUUCCGUCUGCUGGUGCUUUAUCAAAACAUCGCUUGACUCACACAGGAGAGAGACCCUAUUCUUGCAAUGAAUGUGGACGCAGUAAUUCAUCUGCGUUGCCAUUACAAGGAGAUGUUUUAAAACUUCAAAGAAUGAAAGAGAACAUGUUUUAUGAUACUAUAAGGCCAUGA